UGGCGCUCUGUGAACCAGCUGUGUACGUCAGGGUCAAAGAAUCAAGUUCGCAAGAUUUGGAAGAAAUUGAAUAAUUUGAUUGAGAUAAGAUAUUCCGUAGUUAUCGUCGUAUAAUUUAGUGAAAUAAUUCAGCAGAGAGACUUCAAGAACAGAUAUAGUGACUUUGCCAUUUCGAAAACAGUUAAAAACUACUCAAAAUGAUAUCCAGAAGUUUUUUGAGGACUUUCACACGUCCAGAAUUUAAGUGUUUAUUGCAAAUUAAUCCCGUGGGAUCUAGUUAUAGUAGUUUACGAAUUAUGGCUCCCUUUUCUACAUCAAAUUUUGCGUUGAAAGAGGAAAAGGUGAAAGUAAACUUCACACUGCACGACGGUAAACGGAUAGAAGCAGAGGCUAAAGUUGGCGACACUCUCCUGGACGUGGUGGUCAACAACGACCUCAACAUCGAGGGGUUCGGAGCUUGUGAGGGCACCCUCACAUGUUCUACUUGUCAUGUUAUAUUCAAGCCAGAAGAUUAUGCAAGACUACCGGAAGAGCCCUGCGAUGAGGAGUGUGACAUGCUGGACCUGGCGUACGGGCUGACGGAGACGUCCCGGCUCGGCUGCCAGAUCACGCUCACCAGGGACAUGGACGGGCUGGAGGUGAAGGUCCCCGAGACCAUUAAUGAUGCUAGGAGCUGAUGAUGUGGAGGAUUUGGGUGGAAAGUAAUAUUCAUAUGUAUAAGGUAGUGUUCGUUUCACGUAAGUUGACCAAUUUUCGUUUAUCAUGUAAAUGCUUGGUGGCUUGUUUGACUCCACAGCAGAUUAAAAUCGUGGCGUGGAUUUAACUACCUACUGUUUUCUUCUCAAUAGUUUCUUUUUACAAUAUUGUAUCGCCAUUUUUGGUCAAGUUAAGUGGGUCGGACUAUAUUCUUUUAUUUAUACUAUAGUAAGACAUUGUUGGUUGCUACAUUGUAGUAGAUAUUAUUCUAAGUAGUAUUGAAAUACCUAAUUUACCUCCAAUGUUUUUUUACUAGGUAGGUUAAUAAUCAAGGCAAUUCUUUUUAUAUAUUUUUUU